UUUUCAAAUCUCUAAAUGAAAAUGAGGUUUGUGCUUUUAUUAGUUUGUGCAGCUUUGGCUUUCGUGAAUUGCCAGCCAGGUAAUCACUCUGGAAACAGGAUUGUUGGAGGAGAAUGGGCUAGACAUGGAGAGUUUCCGUGGAUUGUUACUAUUCAUAUAAAUGGAAGGCACUACUGCGGCGGAAGCAUCGUCAAUAACUACUGGGUUGUAACAGCAGCUCAUUGUGUUCAUCCCGUAAAUCAGUGUGUCGUUUAUGCCGGCGCUUAUGAUAUCUUCCAAUGGACAACUGGAACUGAACAAACUCGUAAAGUAGCUCGAUUCUUCGCACACGAAGCUUAUGGCCCUCAAAUCGGUCCCAAUGACAUUGCAAUGUUGAAAGUAACACAACCUUUUGAAUUUAAUCAAUAUGUGAGAACCGUACAGCUUCCAUGGCCUAACACGUAUCCAAGUGGUUGGGCUUUGGCUGCUGGUUGGGGAGAUCAAUCACGAGACCAGAGCGGAAAUUAUGCACAAUAUUUGAAGAAAGCAUGGCUGCCAAUUCAUACGAGCGAAAAAUGUGCCGAACUUUAUCGCGUUUUCUCAAUUAAAUAUGACAAACGAGUAAAUGUAUGUGCUGGACAAUUAGAUGGAUCACAUGCUACAUGUAAUGCCGAUUCUGGUGGCCCAUUGACACAAGAUGGAGUUUUAGUUGGCGUCGUUUCAUGGGGACCUCAACCUUGUGCAUUGCCAAAUCGUCCAGGAGUAUUUGUACUGACUUCUUCUUUCGUCAACUGGAUUCAGCAACAUAUGCAAACUUAAAACCUUAUAAGUCUUAAAAUAUCGCGAUCAUGUUUUUGUUAAACCUAACCUCAAUUUAAUUUAACUUUUCAAUAUACAUUUCAAAAUUUAAUUAUAAUUUAAAGAAAAAUUACAUAAAAGUUAAAAAGAGAGAGAUAUUGACUGAUAAUAAAUUAUUUCGAGUUGAAGUCAUUGAAAUUUCGAUAAUUUUGAUUUUCAAGAAAAUUUUACAAGAAGAAUCAUUAAAAAUCUUAAAAUUUAACCUUAAUUCGUUGAAAAUUUCCUAAAAUUGCGAUUAAAAUCCAUAAAAAAUAUUUUU